GGGUGACGUAUGACAUCGGACCGGAAGAUGCCCACUGUUGUCGAAAAUGGAGGAUAAACUGAUAGUGUCUGUGUGUGGGUGUCCUGAAUUAUAUGAUAGUUCUUCUUUUAGUUACCGGAUCCGGAGUCAUAAGGUGCUCGCCUGGAGGAAAGUGAGUGAGGAGGUCGGAGUAUCCGGUAAGUGGUGAAAACCUCUUUGUUUAUCGCUUCAUUCCCGCUGGUUGAAUCGGUAAGGAUCACUGUAGAAAUGAGCAGAGACGACCUCACAUCAGGGGAAUCUGUGCACGACCUGUUUUUAUUUUAUUUUUAAAGAGGAAAUCUGCAGGAAAAAGUGGAAGAGCCUGAGGGACACUUACCUGAAGGAGAGGAGGAAGGAGACGGACAGGAGAGGAGAGAAGAAGUGGAGGUUCUCUGCGGUUCUGUCUUUCCUCGACCCUUUCCUCACCCCACGUGAGAUCAGCGGCAAUACAGGUACACGCACACACACACACUGUAGUUUAUUCAGUAGAUCUGUAUAUUAUGAUAUAAUAGUUCACUGAGCAUUUUUGUUUAGAGCGAGGAUGGAGGUGGGUGUUGAGCUUUGAUUUGUGAAUAUGAAAUGAUUUAUAAUAGGGGAGAGCGGGGUAAGAUGAUCCAUUUUUCAUAUUUGGGAUCACUCCAUCAAGUCAGUCCUAGUUUUGUCUCUAACUCGUGUAUCUGCAGAUAUUUCAGGAUGUUGUUCAUUUCUGUAAACCAACAGAAUGAGUGUAAACAGAACUGUCAUUUUCAUAAUAAAGCAGGACAACAAAAAACAGUGAUCUCCUAUGGUCAACUUACCCCAUGUAUGUAUGGGGUAAGUUGACCAUAAAAGCGGAGUAAGUUUAUCUAUUAAACACUAUUCAACUGGUACAAUAGGAAUGUAACAAUAUAAAAAUUUCACAUCACGAUCAUUGUGACCAAUAUUAUCACAAUUAUCAAUAUUAUCACGGUAUUGUUGAAAUAUGUUCAAAAUGUUUAAAAAGUACUUAAACACGCCCUGAAAUCAUUUAAUAAAGUUUUAUUUUGAAAAAAAAAAAAUUCAAAAUAACACGCAGAAUGAACUUUUCCUUAACCUUAAAUAACAGAGGAACGAUAAACCUAAGAAAUUAAAAGAGCCAGAGGCAAUCAACACUAGUAAUAACAAAGUAAUAUGCCAGUGGCAUUAACAUAAUAACAAAUAAAUAAAAUUUAAAUAAAAUGACAUUUCUUAUUGUACAAAUUGUAAAAAUCUUCGGUGCUCAAAAAGAUCGACUCUUACUUAAGUAAAUAUGAAAGGGGAAGGGGGUUGAGCUUUUCUUUGUGAAUAUGAAAUGGUUUAUUUAUGCACGAAUGUUUUCUGGUUGUAUCGUGUUCAUUGCCUGUCAUGUUUCAUUCAUAUCCUUUUUAGUCUCUCUUGACAAGUAAAAAAACAAGUAUUUGAUUCAUAAAUUAAAAAAAGUUAAAUAUGUUGUUUCUGUUUCACAUAGUCACCUUGAAGAAGAAACCUCGGCCCAGGGAGCAGCCGUCUGAGAUGGAGAAGCCGACUCUGGAAGCCCCCCAGAAUCAGCGACCAGCUCCACCAGCUCCACCAGCUCCACCAGCUCCAGCUCCGCCUCCACCAGCUCUACCUCCACCAGCUCCACCUUCCCCAUCUGAGGAUGAACUUUUCCUCAGAAGUCUGCUCCCCUCCCUGCAGAGAUUACCGCCCCAAACAAAAGAAUUUAUCAAAUUUCAAAUACACAAACUUGUUUAUGAAUCCAGUACAGUUUGUUAUAAAGUGGAACCAAUUGAUCCCGCAGAAUAAUUUACAAUCAAUCAGGGCAACAAUCUCUGCAGGGAACCAACCAGAUUUUUGAUCUCCUUUCUCCUCUCCUUUGUCCCUCACUCCUCCGCCUCACUCCUUACUCCUGGAUGUAAAUAGUUUUUGAUUUUUAAAUGUUUGUUAUUUCAUUGUUCAUACAUUUUUGUGAAUAAAGCAUGUUAUAUUUGUUAAGGA